UACCUCAGCAGUAACAUACAGAAGCCUUGAAGGCUCAGAAGCAUACACUCUUUUACAUAUUAGACAGAAAAAAUUGAAAAAUAAUCUCGCAAACGUUCACGCACACACCAUGCCGAGUCCUAACCGUGCUCGAAUGAUUUGAGAAAUGCGUGUUUUUUGGAAUGGACGUCACAGAGAGAGAUUUUUUUGGUGCAUUUUUUGGUUUGGGGUUCAAGGGUCACGGGAUACAAACAAGUCCGACACGCUCCACUGCAGUCUGACUGGUUCAGCCACAGUAACAUGGGAACGUCUUUGAACCUAUAAGCAGACAAGUUUUCUGCAAGUUUACAAAAGCAAACUUUAUCCCGACAAUUUUGGACGCCUUUCUCCCUGUCUUGCCCAUGCAUGCAGAACUGAGCAAUAGAAGAUGAUUGAGAUGUCCAUAGAGAAAGAAACUGUCUUAACAGGAGAUGGAACGGCGUCCAUUUUGGGCCCACCACCUACCCAGAACCUUUCAGAGCGAGUUAAGGCUCUGAGUCCCUCUUCUUUGACACCCGUCAGUAUUGAUGCGCCGUUUAUGGCUAAUAUGGUGCUAGCAGAAGUGCCUACUAACCCCACUUUGACAGACGAGGUGGGACAAGAUGAGGAAGUCACAGAGACGAUGCAGGCAAAAGGAAACAAUAAGCUCUUGUAUGCAAAAAAUGGUAUACAGUCCCAAGCCGGGCCUCAAAAACUUGGCAAACGACGCUACAGCAUGAACGCUGGCUUUAAGCAUCCCGGAUUUAGCAAGCGCAGACGGAGAGCUAACUCUGAGUGUGACCCGGUGCUGCCCAGCAACUUCCUGUUGGGGGGAAACAUCUUUGACCCAUUGAAUUUGAACAGCCUGUUGGACGAGGAGGUGAACCGGGCACUAAACGCAGAGACACCCAAAUCGUCACCACUUCCCUCCAAGAGUAGGGAACCUGUCGAGAUCCUGAUCCCCAGAGACAUCACUGACCCUCUGAACCUCAGCGGCAAGGGCGGAAAUGCCAACAGAGGUGUCCUAGUGUCACCCUUAAAGAGGCGGCGUCAUAGAAACAGGCACCAUGGUGGUAGUGUCGGCCAUCUUGAACCCUCAGACUCUGAAAAGGCAAAGGGUGCUGAAGAAGAGGGUGCCCUGUUUCCUACACAGCAUUUAGAAGAGGAACAAGUUGAAGAGUCACCGCGACCCUACGAACUCAACACAACCAUCAACUGCCGUGAUGAAGUGGUCCCUCCCAUACUGCCACGACGCCGGUCCACAAACUCCGCCCCUCAGGCAAGAACUAGAAACUCCACCACUCAGCCAUCCAAACAAAGAAAGCGCAGACGAACAACCAGCCGUUCCGAACGCUUGUCCAUCACGCCAACUCCCACCAAUAAGCAGCUAGAUUUAGACAGAGGGCGGAGUCAGACAUUUCACACACCCAUUGUGGGUGGAGCCACAGGAAGCCAUCUUGAAGCAAACCAUCGUGUGUCACUAAAAAAUCAACGCAAACCGAAACGCGAGUACCAUUAUGGCACCUAUAGCCAUUACUAUGGUUAUCAGACACCGACUUUAAACAUAGAUCCCCGUCUGGCGGCGUUCCGGCCCGAAUGGUUCCGUGGGAAAAAAGUCCUGGAAAUUGGCUGCAAUGUAGGUCACAUGACUCUCGCCAUCGCUAAGAACUGGAGCCCUGUCCACAUCCUGGGCUUGGAUAUCGAUGGCAGUGUGGUUCAUGCAGCACGCCAGAACCUCCGGCACUUCCUGUCUGAGCUGCAUAAACGGGAAGUGAGACAAAAUACAGACACACGGGAGAAACCUUGUGAAGUGGAGACGAGGCGGACAUUCCCUCUGUCUUUAAGACUAUGCAGGGGGCCAAUCAGUGCUCCUCCUUUACUGCCUCCUGCCCCUGGAGUGUUUCCUAACAAUGUGUCCUUCAUGAAGGGGAACUACAUGCCAGACAGCGAUGCAGUGGUGAUGUCACAGGGUGCAGAGUAUGAUGUCAUCAUGUGUCUGAACGUGACAAAGUGGAUUCAGCUGAACUGGGGAGAUGUCGGGCUUCAGCGACUCUUCAGGCGUGUUUACACACACCUGAACCCCGGGGGAGUGUUUAUCCUCCAACCACAGCCAUGGAGCUCCUACAGCAAGAGGAAGAGAUUGACGGAAACAACCCACAGGAACUACAACAGCAUUCGGCUCAGGCCGGACCAGUUCAGCUCGUACCUCACUUCCGAGGUAGGAUUCACCAGCUAUGAGCUCAUCAGUGCCACCAGGAGCUGUUCUAAAGGAAUCCAGAGGCCAAUCUAUCUGUUCCACAAAGGCCCCGCCUCCAGCAGAAAAUCAUCCACUAGGAGAGGAAGUGACACACAGGAUGAGGAAAGAGCGACCGAAUGAAUGUUUAUGCUGCAGUGCUGCUUUAAUUAGAGAUGUGAUCAGUUCCACAGGUCUCUGUUCCUAAAGAGCCACAGUGCGCGCGCACACAUACACACACAUCCACGUGCAUCAGAACCCUCAGUUCUAUCAAGUGGUCACCAGGGGGUGCCCAUGUUUUAGUUAAACACGCGCGCGCACAUCCACGUGCAUCAGAACCCUCAGUUCUAUCAAGUGGUCACCAGGGGGUGCCCAUGUUUUAGUUAAACACGCGCGCACACAAACACACAGACAGAUGGACUAUUAAUCUUUUUAAUAAAGGGUUGUUGCGUCUUCAUUCUAACAGCUCAACCCCUGUUUGUAUUGUAAAUUUUAGGCUUGUGUGUGUAGCUUUAACUGUAAGUGUAAAAAAAAGUUCAUAUAACCAUUUUCAAACUUUCUUUUUUUUGGACAAAGUUUGUGAAAGAGAAUUGGAGAUGUUUGUUGUAUAGAAUAAAUAAUUGAGUCUUUGA